AUGGUGAUCCCUUCACCACCAUCGCCGUCAUCACAUCAGCAUGUCCGAUCCGAUGAUGCGCAACCGCCGCCAGCGCGGAAUCCGGCGGCGGCGGCGCCGCGGCACGAUUUGUCGCCGCUGCCGCCGCAGCAGCUGAGCCACGCGGCUGGCGCCGGCGCUGGCGCACGGUCGGCGCGCUUCUCUGUGGACCCCUCACUGGACGCUGCCGCCUCCUCCGCCGCCGCCUCUGCCGCCGCCGCCAGCUCAGGUUCGGCGGGCGCCGCGGCCGCAGCUCCCGCCGCCGGGCCAGCCGCAGCGAGCUUCUUGCGGAAUCCCCAGAUUCUCCCCUUCAAAUCUCUCUUUGACUCUGCAGCACCACGCGGAGGCCCUGUUUUAACGGAUCUGACUCUACCAGAGCAAACGGGAUGGCUUUCCUCCUCCUCCUCAGGAGGCUCCUCCCUCUCCACCAUUCACACUUCCUUCCUUCCCCUGUCAACCCUUCCCCUGUCAACCCUUCCCCUGUCAACCCUUCCCCUGUCAUCCCUUUGCCAAUCUUCCCUUCACCUGGGUCUCACCCUUUCCCUCUCCUCCAUUCCCCUGGGUUUACAGCAAGCUGAGCAGGAGAAGCAGCAGCAGCAGCAGCAGCAGGUGCAGCAGCAGCAGCAGCAGCAGCAGCAGCAGCAGCAGCAGCAGCAGCAGCAGCAGCAGCAGCAGCAGCAGCAGCAGCAGCAGCAGCAGCAGCAGCAGCAGACACGGCAUGAGAUGCAGCAGCAGCACCAAGCUUUGUUGCAGCGAGCCUUGCAGCAUGCGGAGAAGGAGCAGAGUCAAAGGCUGGAGAUUCAGCAACAACAGCAGCUGCAGCAGCUGCUGCUUCUGCAGCAGGGUUUGGAGCAGCGAGCAAGGCAGAGGCAGGAGGAGCAAGAAGCAGAACAGCAGCAAGAACAGCGACUGGCGCAGCAGCAAGCACAACAUCAUGCAUCACAAUCACACUCACAGCAAAAUCUGCAGCAACUGCUGCUUCUACAGCAGGGUUUGGAGCAGCGAGCACAGCAGAGGCAGGGGGAUCAAGGAGCAGAACAGCAACAGGCACUACAACAGGCGCACCAACAUGCAUCACAGUCACACGCGCAGCAACAGCUGCAGCAGAUGCUGCUUUUGCGGCAGCUGGAGAAGCAGGCAAGGCAGAGACAGGAGGAGAAAGAAGCAGAACAGCAUUCGCAUGAGCAGUCACUGCAACAAGCACAGCAACAGCGGGCACAACCACGGGCGAAAUUCCUGGAUGUUGAAACUUCAAGAGUGCAAUUUCCAGUACAAUCAGCUGAGCUGAAUCAGGUUCACUCUUCUGAGAAGCAUCAGAUUCAAUCGGUGGAGCAGCGUCAGCAGACACAGGCCCUUCUGAGUGAGAGAGCACAGGCCCUCCUGUCCUCCUGGCUGGGAGUUGCAAGUGUGUCUCCCUCUGCUGCUGUUGCUGCCGCCGCUGCUGUUACUGCUGCCACUGCUGCCACUGCUGCCACUGCUGCUGCUGCUGCUUCUGAUGCUACUGCGUUUCAUCUGGUGUUGGUUUCAACGCCCCGCCACGUGCCGCCGCCCAGCCUCCAGCUCAGCUUCCCUCGGACCGGCUCCCUGGCAUGCCGGGGCAAAGGCCGGGCGGGUAUUCGUGUCCUAUCUGCGGCAACGUUUUCCCCACGUCGCAAGCACUUGGUGGGCACAUGA